UUUACUGGGACAAUAGUGAGUGGUGCACACUUCCUUCGCCCGGCCACAGAACAAGAGAAAAAGUCCCAUUUAAGAGUUGCUGGUGUAACAAUAGGAAUAAUAUAUUCCACUCCUCUCUUCUACACGCGGCUUAUGAGAUGAAAGCUCGUCAAGAAAAACGUUCCCUUCAGCAGCAGGAGAAUCCACAGCCCCCCCACAUUAAAGAGGAAGAGGAGGAUCUCUGGGUUACUCAGGAGGAAAAGUUUCUUCCAGGGCAGGAGGAGGCGGAUCUCAGCAAGUUUCCACUGACUGUUGUCUCUGUGAAGACUGAAGAGCAUGAAGACAAACCACCUGAGUCCUCACAGCUUCAUCACAGUCCAAACGUCUGUGAAGAACAUCUUCUCUCUGAGCAACAGAAGUGGAGCUUCAGGAUGGACAAGGAGGAGCCACAGCCUUUCCACAUCAAGGAGGAAGAAGAGGCGCCACAUACAUUGCAAAUGCAAAGGGAAGGAAAUAACCCACUGACCUUCCAUUUUAAAGAGGAAGAGGAGGAACACAGCGUCAGUCAGCAGGGAGAGCAUCUUGAAGAACUGGAGGAGGUUGAUGUCACCAAGAUGCCAGUGACUGGUGUCCAUGUGAAGAGUGAAGGUGAUGAGGUCAAAGGUGAAAGUGAGGAGAGGGGAGGGGGGGAGCCUCCAAGCAGCAGCUCAACACAACACAUGACAACAGAAGCUGAUGGAGACCACUGUGGAGGAUCACAAGCAGACAAGCUCUUAGCUCCACUAUCAGAUAGUGAGGACACAACGUCACACUCUCCUGACACUGAUGAUGAAGACUCUAAAGAUGAUAAGACAUGUCACACUGACAACACACGCUUCACAUGUUCUCUCUGUGACAAAACUUUCAAAGACCAUCGUAAUCUGAAAAGACACAUGAGUACACACACCGGUGAGAAACCCUUUUCCUGCUCAGAAUGUGGUAGAUAUUUUAGACUAAAACACAUGCUGAAAGUACACAUGAGAACACACACUGGAGAAAAACCUUAUUUAUGUUCAAUCUGCGGUAAAGAUUUUACUCAAAAGCAACAUUUGAAAAUACACAUGAGAAUACACACUGGAAAAAAACUUUUUUCAUGUUCAAUCUGCGGUAAAGAUUUUACUCACAGGCACUACUUGAAAAUACACCUGAGAAUACACAGUGGAGAAAAACCUUUUUCCUGCUCAGAAUGUGGUAAAAGUUUUGUAAUAAAUCAAAGUUUAAAAGUACAUAUGAGAACACACACUGGAGAAAAACCUUUUUCAUGUUCAAUCUGCGGUAAAGAUUUUACUCAAAGGGAGCAUUUCAAAGCGCACAUGAGAAUACACACUGGAGAAAAACCUUUUUCAUGUUCAAUCUGCGGUAAAGGUUUUACACGAAUUGACCAUUUCAAAACACACAUGAGAAUACACAAUGGAGAAAAACCUUUUUCAUGUUCAAUCUGUGGGAAAGAUUUUACUCGAAGGGACCAUUUGAAAAAACACAUGAGAAUACACACUGGAGAAAAAACUUUUUCCUGUUCAGAAUGUGGUAAAAGUUUUGUAUCAAAUCGAAGUUUAAAAGUACACUUAAGAACACACACUGGUGAAAAACCGUUUGAAUGUUCAGUAUGUGGUAAAAGUUAUAUAGAAAGACAGCAAUUAAAAUCACACAUGAUAAUGCACUCUGGUGAAAAACCAUACUCCUGUUCAAGCUGCAACAAAAGCUUUGGUCACCUAAACACUCUUACAGUACACAUGAGAACACACACAGGAGAGAAAGUGUUGAGUUGCAGUGUGUGUGGUGAAAGAUUCUCUUAUAAGUACCAGUGUAGGAAACACAAGUGUGCUGGUGAGAACAGCAGCAGCAAAUGAAGAUGCAGGAUUUGAAAUAAACGGUCAAAACUUUGUUAAAUUUUACUUUCUGACAACAUCAGAAAAUACAGUGGGGCAAAAAAAGUAUUUAGUCAGCCAACGAUUGUGCAAGUUCUCCCUCUUUAAAUGAUGACAGAGAUCUGUAAUUUUCAUCGCAGGUACACUUCAACUGUGAGAGACAGAAUGUGAAAAAAAAAUCCAGGAAUUCACAUUGUAGGAUUUUUAAAGAAUUUAUUUGUAAAUUAUGGUAGAAAAUAAGUAUUUGGUCAACCAUUCAAAGCUCUCACUGAUGGAAGGAGGUUUUGGCUCAAAAUAUUUUACAACAGGCCAGCGGGCGACUCACCUGGCCAUGCUUCACAGUGGGUAUGGUGUUCUUGGGAUGCAACUCAGUAUUCUUCUUCCUCAAACACGACAAGUUGAGUUUAUACCAAAAUGGAUACAUGGAUGAUACAGCAGAGGAUUGGGAGAAUGUCAUGUGGUCAGAUGAAACCAAAAUAGAACUUUUUGGUAUAAACUCAACUUGUCGUGUUUGGAGGAAGAAGAAUACUGAGUUGCAUCCCAAGAACACCAUACCUACUGUGAAGCAUGGGGGUGGAAACAUCAUGCUUUGGGGCUGUUUUUUUCUGUUAAGGGGACAGGACGACUGAGCAGUGUUAAGGAAAAAAUAAAUGGGGCCAUGUAUUGUGAGAUUUUGAGCCAAAACCUCCUUCCAUCAGUGAAAGCUUUGAAUGGUUGACCAAAUACUUAUUUUCCACCAUAAUUUACACAUAAAUUCUUUAAAAUUCCUACAAUGUGAAUUCCUGGAUUUUUUUUUCACAUUCUGUCACUCACAGUUGAAGUGUACCUAUGAUGAAAAUUACAGACCUCUGUCAUCAUUUUAAGUGGGAUAACUUGCACAAUCGGUGACUGAAUAAAUAUUGUUUUGCCCCACUGUAUAACAUGUGUGACAUCAUUGUUGUGUUUGUAACACAAUCUUGUUAUUAUGAUUCUAACAUUUAUAGAUUCGACACUUCAGAUUAGUGCUUUUAUUUCAGUCAAAUACAUGAGUUAAUAUACACAUUCGUGUACUUUAAAAUGAGCACAAAAAUUUGACUGAAAGGUGAGAAUAAACAGUACAUAAAAUAUGUCACAUACAAUAAACAUUUUAUGUGUAGAUAUUCAUAAUUCACUUUUAUACUUAUUCAUAAUAGUGUUUUAUAUAUGUUUUUUUGAAUAAUGAAGUGUUACAUAUUUUAUUUUCUAAUUGUACAUGAUUCCAUAGAUGAAAUCCUUUAUAUGAUGUACAUAUUUAUUUUACAUGAGUUCAUACUUUGGCUUUUGAGUACACAUAAAUCCCUCUUAGUUCAUAUUUACUGGUUCACAUCUGAAACAUCUUCUGGACCACUUCUGGAAGCAUAUUAUUAUUUACUUUAUAUAUCAUUUGAACAGUCAUAUUUAUACAAUUUUAAAAUGUGUGACUUUAUGAAUAAUUUGUUGGAUCUCUAUAAUCCAUUCUAUUAAAUGUAUUUAUUACUCUCUUGUGUAAUAUAAAUAUUGUUGUGUGAUUGUUUUAUAUGUAUGUUCCCAGACGAGUUGUUCCGAACCUUGUUCAAGGUACCGAACCCCACCAGUUUCAUAUGCGCAUUCACCGAACCCUUCUUUAGCGUAAAAUAAAAACAUUACUUUAUUCACCUUGUUCAUAGAACAAAACUAACACAGUGCAUGAACUCACAACGAAUUACACACCUCCAAAUCAGUCUGACUUCUGGUGUUGCCGUAUCCAUUAUGCACUGAUAGGGAUAAGUUUUCAUUUACACGAUGAGUUGGGUGUGUCUUGACCUUCCUGGCGGAGGCUCCGCCGAACCCCUGAGGCCGACUCACCGAACGCCUAGGGUUCGAUCGAACCCAGGUUAAGAACCACUGCCCCAGACCUUUAUGCAAUAAACAAUGUAUGCUUCAACUAAAGUUCGGUACAAUAAAUGUAGUUAAUAUUUGUGGGUAUGUAUUUUAUUCUAUUUAUUAUCGCAGUCAAUUUUUCUAAUAUUUUCUUCACAUGACUUUCAAGUAUUUUACAGCUUACUUCAUCAUCUAGACCAGGGGUCACCAACAUUUUUUAAACCAAGAGCUACUUCUUGGGUACUGAUUAAUGGGAAGGGCUACCAGUUUGAUACACACUUAAAUAAAUUGCCUGAAAUAGCCAAUUUGGUCAAUUUACCUUUAAUGCCAUGUUAUUAUUAAUAUUUAAUGAUAUUUAUGUGUGGAAACACUGAUCAUCUUAAUGAUUUCUCACAAUAAAUAUAAACUAUGAAACAUAGUUUAUCUUCAAUUUCAACUCUUUAAAAUUCAAAAUUCAACCGAAAAAAAAAGAGAAAAACUAGCUAAUUCGAAUCUUUUUGAAAAAACUAAAAAAAAAGAAUUUAUGUAACAUCAUUAGUAAUUUUUCCUGAUUAGGAUUAAUUUUAGAAUUUUAAUGACAAGUUUUAAAUAGGUUAAAAUCCAAUCUGCACUUUGUUAGAAUAUAUAACAAAUUGGACCAAGCUAUAUUUCUAACAAAGACAAAUCAUUAAUUCUUUUAGAUUUUCCAGAACAAAAAUUGUAAAAGAAAUUCAAAAGACUUUGAAAUAAGAUUUACAUUUGAUUCUACAGAUUUUCUAGAUUUUCCAGAAUAUUUUUUUUGAGUUUCAAUGAUAAUAAAUUUGAAGAAAUAUUUCACAAAUAUUCUUUGUUGAAAAAACAGAAGCUAAAAUGAAGAAUUACAUUAAAAUGUAUUUAUUAUUCUUUACAAUAAAUAAAAAAUACUUGAACAUUGAAUUAAAUUGUCAGGAAAGAAGAGGAAGGAAUUUAAAAGGUAAAAAGGUAUAUGUGUUUAAAAAUCCCAAAAUCAUUUUUAUGGUUGUAUUUUUUCUCCAUAAUUGUCUUUCUGAAAGUUAUAAGAAGCAAAGUAACAAAAAUAAAUGAAUUUAUUUAAACACGUGAAGACCAAGUCUUUAAAAAAUGUUCUUUGAUUUUCAAAUUCUAUUUGAGUUUUGUCUCUCUUAGAAUUAAAAAUAUCGAUCAAAGCGAGACCAGCUUGCUAGUAAAUAAAUACAAUUUAAAAAAUAGAGGCAGCUCACUGGUAAGUGCUGCUAUUUGAGCUAUUUUUAGAACAGGCCAGCGGGUGACUCAUCUGGUCCUUACGGGCGACCUGGUGCCCGCGGGCACCGCGUUGGUGACCCCUGUUCUAGACUAACUCAGCCUUGAGGAUGUGUGUAAUGUUGAGAUGUAUUGCAGAUGCCUUGGUUUGUUUGGAUGUUGUCAACCUGUCAAUUGUUGUAUUUAAAAUGUUGUCAGAUCUCGUGAGAGAAACAAGCAACCAGUUCCAUUACUUCUUUUUCUUACUGGCAGUUUGCAGCCAUGACUUAAAAGGUUCAUACUGCCACCUACCGGACUGUAGAAUGUAGUGUAGGCCAUAGGUGUUAGGAUAAUUAUGUAUAAUUUGUCACACAACUCUUUUGCUUAAGGGUCGUUAUAAUAGUUAUUAUCAAUUAUGAUGAAGUUGUGUUUUUUCGUCUUUGUGCAAAAGCACAACUUGUAAUCUAAUCCAUUGCUAGCCGUCUCGUAUCAGCGUUUGUGUCCAGGAAAGGCCUGCUGACAAGCCAAGGCCAAACACCACCUGCCAUGAUGCAGACAAAGCAGAGACAGGGCGAUAUCACGAGUGUCAGCACAUUUGCAUUUUUCUAUAAUCAUAUAUUGUGUCUGGAGCUGCUGAUUACCCAGAUUCCUCUAGCAGGAACUUUGGUGAUGUAUUCAGGGCCCCCCUGAAUAAAUAUUGGAGCAAGUCAGACUGUUACUUUAGAGCCCAAGUUGUUUCUGUAAAGUACAGUCCAAUAAAUCUCUCCUCG